AUGGCUGCUCAAAUCACCGGCACCGAAGCCCAAAACUCCUCUUCCUCUUCCCUUCCCCUCAACGGCCGUGUGGCAAUCGUCACCGGCGGCUCGCGCGGCAUCGGCCGCGCCAUUGCAACCCACCUCCACUCCCUCGGCGCCAAGCUGGUCAUCAAUUACGCCUCCUCAAACUCAACGCAAGCAGACCAAUUAGCUUCCGAGCUCAACAGUUGCGAAAAUACCCAAUCCAAAGCCAUUGCAGUUCGAGCCGACGUCUCAGAUCCCGAGCAGGUAAAGCAUCUCUUCGACAGAGCAGAGCAAGAAUUCGAGACCCAAGCCCACAUCGUCGUUAACUGCGCCGGAAUUUUGGACCCAAAGUAUCCAACUUUGGCCGAGACGAACGUGGAGGAUUGGGACAAGACCUUCAGCGUGAACGCCAGAGGGGCAUUUUUGGUAUCUAGGGAGGCGGCGAGGAGGCUGAGACGCGGCGGCGGCGGGAGAAUCAUCGCGAUUUCGACGUCUCUCGUCGGGGGGCUGAUGCCAGGAUAUGGAGCCUACGCGGCGUCGAAGGCGGCUGCGGAGACGAUGACGAAGAUUUUGGCGAAGGAGCUGAAGGGGAGCGGGAUAACGGCGAAUUGCGUGGCGCCGGGGCCGGUUGCGACGGAGUUGUUCUUCGCAGGGAAGAGUGAGGAGACGGUGAAGAAGAUUGCGGAGGCUUGCCCUCUGAAUCGGCUGGGGGAGCCCAAGGAUGUGGCUCAUGUGGUGGGUUUUUUGGCAGGGGAUGCUGCGGAGUGGGUCAACGGCCAAGUCAUUAGAGUCAACGGUGGAUAUGUUAUCUGA